AUGGCGGCCGCCGCAGGUAGAUCGCUCCUGCUGCUCCUUUCCUCGCGGGGCGGCGGCGGGGGCGCCGGCGGCUGCGGGGCGCUGACUGCCGGCUGCUUCCCCGGACUGGGCGUCAGCCGCCCCCGGCACCAGCAGCACCACCGGACGGUGCACCAGAGGCUCUCUUCCUGGCAGCACUUAAGAGUUGUCUAUUGCAGUACGGCAGUGCCCUCUGAUGAAGUAACGGUGAUUUACCAAAAUGGGUUACCUGUGAUAUCUGUGAGGCUACCAUCCCGGCGUGAGCGCUGUCAAUUCACACUCAAACCUAUUUCAGAUUCUGUUGGUGUAUUUCUACGACAGCUUCAAGAAGAAGAUAGGGGAAUCGAUCGGGUAGCAGUCUAUUCACCAGAUGGUGUUCGUGUUGCCUCCUCAACAGGGAUAGACCUCUUGCUCCUUGAUGACUUCAAACUGGUCAUUAACGACAUAACAUACCAUGUUCGACCACCAAAGAGAAACCUCCUAGGCCAUGAAAAUGCAGCCACACUGAAUGAAGUGAAGACGCUGGUCCAGCAGCUCUAUACCACACUGUGCAUUGAGCAGCACCAGCUGAGUAAGGAAAGGGAGCUUGUCGAGAGAUUAGAAGAUCUCAAGGAGCAACUCGCUCCCCUGGAAAAGGUGCGGAUCGAGAUCAGCAGGAAAGCAGAGAAGAGGACCACCUUGGUGCUAUGGGGUGGGCUGGCCUACAUGGCCACACAGUUUGGCAUCCUGGCCCGGCUUACCUGGUGGGAAUACUCUUGGGACAUCAUGGAGCCAGUCACCUACUUCAUUACAUAUGGAAGUGCCAUGGCGACAUAUGCAUACUUUGUAAUGACACGCCAGGAAUAUGUUUACCCAGAGGCCAGAGACAGACAAUACCUAUUAUUUUUCCAUAAAGGAGCCAAAAAGACGCGUUUUGAUCUAGAGAAAUACAAUCAACUCAAGGAUGCAAUUGCUCAGGCAGAAUUGGAUCUUAAGAGGCUGAGAGACCCACUGCAAAUACAUCUGCCCGUCCGACAAAUUGGUGAUAAAUUUAAGGAACUCUGAACCCUGGCAGGAAGAAUACCUGUUUAUAACUCUUGCCUUUUUAAUUAAAGCAUUGCAGGUGAAAGCCAGGAGGUUUGUGGGGGUGGAGGGUUUUUACCUUUAAUUAAUAAACAAAAAGGAUCUUGGAUAGAAAGAAUGUUAAAAUCUGAAGAUCAGGCAUUGUGGAAUAUAAGUCUCAAAGGGCUUGGUGAAUAUUGUCUUAAUCAAACAACUCAGUUUCUGAAUGAAAAUGAUGUAAUUCUCUGGUUGAGAGAGUCAAAGAUUAUGUGAUAUUGGGGGUGCUUCUUGCAUCUUUGCAAGAGCAGCAGAACUACAAUGCACCAGCACCCCAUUCAGAUCUGAUUUUUUAAUUUAACUUCUCUUUAAUUUAAAAAAAAAUUAGUAAUUAACCAACUGCACCGGAACAGCAAACCCCUAAGAUAAAUGGUUUGAAAGUCUGAGCCACCAUUGUCAUGGUUUUUGCUUCAGCAAAAUGAUUUUUCCAUUGAAAACCAGGAGUUUUUUUCCCUUGUUCACCCCUCUCGCUGACUCCUAUAUACCUGUUUGUUAGAUUGAAACCAUUUUAUCCAAAUAAGCAGUGAAAACAUCUGAUUGUUUGAUAAUUGACACUUGGAAUUAUUCCCUUGUACUUUCAUAAAUUCUGACCUAUCCCAGUGCACUGGAUCUACUUCAAGAAAUCAAUGGCAACACUGCAUGAGUUUUUCUAAUAAUCAAUCUUUAAUGGGAGGAAGAUUUCCUUCUCUCUUCUCUCCCUCCCCUCCAUUCUCCCUUCUCCCUCUCUCCUCCGAAUCUGGGGACACCUGGAUUACCCAGUCAGGAAGGUACAAGGUUUACAAAGUUGGCUCACAAUCAUGAUGGGUAGCAAUUCCAGAACCAGAAUGAUUACACUACUGUUCCUCUGCUUGUGGAACAGCACGGGAGACUAUCUGUUGGCACUGUCUUGUCUGGAGGCUUUGUUGAAGGCUGAGUCUCCACUCUUUAAGGACUCAAAUUUCCACUUUGAUUAGCCCUCGUCUUUAGUGAGUGUAAAAUGAGGUCUGUGGAGCACAAGGGCUGGACUUUGUCCCAAGUGGAGAAUACAUUUCCAUGACCCCUGUCCCCUUUUGCCUAUUCUUUAUAUAUUACUAUUUUCUCUACACUAUUUUUUAAUUGAGAGAUGAAUUAACUAAAUCCCCUGCCCUCUUCAAAAACGUUUUCCUACCCCGUUCCCAUGUGAUAUCUGCAUUCUACGUGUCACAGGAAUCGCUGUCUCUGACAUCCUGUUUCUAACUAGCCUAGAAAUGGGAUGGAAAGGAGGAUAUGAGCUUAGCAUACAGCUGAUUGGGUUUCUUCCCUCAUGGGAUUCAUUUCUCAUUUUGGCAAGGGGCUCCUUUUUGUCUUCUCUCUCUUUAGGGAGUAUUUUGUGUGAACAAGAAGCAUAUUAAGAUGAUGAUGUGACCCAGACUCCAGGUGCCUUGCAGAUGGUGACACGGGGCUGGGAUUGCCACUGCCGCCAUUGCUGCCGCCACAAACCUUUUUUUGUGUUCCAACAGGGGCAUGUUGGAAUGAAUGGAUGCAUGUUUGCCCUUUCCAAUUCCCAUUUUCCUUUCUUUUCCUGCUCUCUUCUUGCCUUCCUCAAAUUUUGUUUGUUUGGGUUUUUUUUAAAGUUGUGUGAAUUACUUUUUAAAAGUGUUUUAUUCUGUUUGUGUGCAGGCAGCACAAUGCAGUGGGCAAAUCCUUUUUGGGGUGGGGCGGGGAGAAGUGGGGAAAAGGGAAAGAGAUAUGGAGAAAAGCCUUUACACAGAUGGCAAAAUACUGAACAUGUGUAAAAUCCUGUAUCAUUUAUGAAAUAUGUAUAAAAGAGCAAUGUACCUUCUGGAACAAUAAAUAUCUAUUCAGUUUUUGAAUUGAA